AUGCCUUCGGUAGACUACACACAGCAAGGUUUCACUUCAAUUCGGGUCAAUAUCGACAAGGGGGUGGCCAUCGUGACUUUAUGCCGGUCAAACCAGCGAAAUACUUUCGUGGAAGCUACCGUUGCGGACAUCGUGAAAGCUUACGACCUUUUCGACAGAGAUGAUUGUGUGCGUGUCGUGUUGAUGACAGCGGAGCAGGAUUCACCUGCGUUCUGUGCCGGCGCGGAGCUAAGCAAGGGCUGGGGCAGCCUUUUUACUCCGGAGGUUGAAGAAGAAGGCGACACAUUCCACAGAGACUCAGGUGGCAUUGUCACGCUGGCCAUAUUCCGAUGCAGGAAGAUUACUAUGGUUGCCGUGAAUGGACACGCGGUCGGAGUCGGUAUCACCGGACUCCAGUUGCCCUGUGACAUCCGUUUUGCAUGGGCAGGCACUAAAUUGGCUUUCCCUUUCGUUCGCCGGGGCAUUGCGCCCGAAGCCGCAUCUUCCUAUCUACUUCCGAAGCUCCUUGGUAAUUCCCGCGCUCUCUCCCUCUUCCUUACCGGAGCUACAGUGACACCAGACUCGCCCCUUCUCUCCGGCCUGUACCACACCAUUCUUCCGAACCGCGAGGACGUGUUCCCCGCUGCCCUCGCGCUCGCCAAGGAUCUGGCGGAGAACACGUCAAUGACCGCGGUUGCGGUUUCGAAGGCGCUGGUUUGGCGCGGAUAUGACAAUAUCGAAGAGCAGCAUGUGCUCGACUCACGGGCUAUUCGUGUCCUCGCGACGGGGGGAGACGCGAAUGAAGGCGCGACUGCCUUUAUGCAGCGUCGGCCUCCUAAAUUCUCCGAUGCGCCCGGCUCCCUCAAGCAAUGGAUGCCCUGGUGGCGUGAAGUAGCCGUGGUCCCGAGGAAGGCGAAACUCUAG